GCGACGCUGGCCCCGCAGGUCCCUUUACCCCGCCCCACUUCGCUCCGCCCCACCCCGGUGUCGGCUUUCCUGGCCUCCGGGUCUUGCCGGCUUACGGACCCGCCCCCGAGGACGUGAAGCGCCGUGGCGCCGCAAGUUUAUCAAAUAUGAAAGUGACCUUAUCAGCUUUGGAUACUUAUGAGAGUUCUUUCACACCUUUGGUGGUCAUAGAACUUGCUCAGGAUGUCAAAGAAGAAACCAAAGAAUGGCUAAAAAACAGAAUUAUUGCUAAAAAGAAAGAUGGAGGUGCCCAGUUGUUGUUUAGACCACUGUUAAAUAAAUAUGAGACAGAAACACUAGAACAUCACAAUUUGUAUCUUGUUGGUGCCUCCCAGAUCAGACUGUUACUGGGGGCAGAAGCAGUGGGAUUGGUAAAAGAGUGCAAUGAUAACACCAUGAGAGCCUUCACAUACGGAACACGCCAGAACUUCAAAGGUUUUGAUGAUAACAAUGAUGAUUUCCUCACAAUGGCAGAAUGUCAAUUCAUUAUCAAACAUGAACUUGAAAAUCUUAGAGCUAGAGAUGAAAAAAUGAUCCCUGGCUACCCCCAGGCAAAGUUGUACCCAGGAAAGUCAUUAUUGAGAAGAUUGCUCACGUCUGGCAUCGUGAUUCAGGUGUUUCCACUACAUGACCCUGAAGCCCUGAAGAAGCUUGAGGAUACCUGGUACACUCGGUUUACUUUGAAGUAUCAACCCAUAGACAGUAUUCGUGGCUACUUUGGAGAAACGAUUGCUCUUUACUUUGGAUUUUUAGAGUAUUUCACUUUUGCCUUAAUCCCCAUGGCUGUCAUUGGGUUACCUUACUACCUGUUUGCGUGGGAAGACUAUGACAAGUAUGUGAUCUUCGCCUCGUUCAACCUGAUCUGGUCCACGGUGAUUCUGGAGGUGUGGAAGCGUGGCUGUGCCAACAUGACCUAUCGGUGGGGGACAUUGCUGAUGAAGAGACAGUUUGAGGAGCCCCGACCAGGGUUUCAUGGGGUCUUGGGUAUCAAUUCUGUCACCGGUCGGGAGGAGCCUGUCUACUCCAGUUUUAAGAGACAGCUGCGCAUUUACCUGGUCUCGCUGCCUUUUGUAUGCCUCUGUCUCUAUUUCUCUCUGUAUGUCAUGAUGAUUUACUUCGACAUGGAAGUCUGGGCCUUGAGUCUACACGAGGAGAGUGGGUCUGAGUGGACAAGUAUCUUGUUAUAUGUGCCCAGCAUCAUCUAUGCCAUCAUAAUUGAGAUCAUGAACCGCCUUUAUCGAUAUGCUGCUGAGUUUUUAACUUCAUGGGAGAAUCACAGAUUGGAAUCUGCAUACCAGAAUCAUCUAGUUCUGAAAGUUUUGGUGUUCAACUUUCUAAAUUGCUUCGCCUCACUCUUCUACAUCGCCUUUGUCCUAAAGGAUAUGAAGCUUUUGCGCCAGAGCUUGGCCACACUUCUGAUUACUUCCCAGCUCCUUAACCAAAUAGUGGAAUCUCUUCUUCCUUAUUGGCUCCAAAGGAAGCAUGGUGUGCAGGUGAAGAGGAGGGUGCAGGCUUUAAAGGCAGACAUUGAUGUUGCAUUAUAUGAACAAGUCAUCCUGGAAAAGGAAAUGGGAACCUAUAUGGGAACCUUCGAUGAUUACCUGGAGUUAUUCCUGCAGUUUGGUUAUGUGAGCCUUUUCUCCUGUGUUUACCCAUUAGCAGCUGCCUUUGCUGUGCUAAAUAAUUUCACUGAAGUCAAUUCAGAUGCCUUAAAAAUGUGCAGAGUCCUCAAACGUCCAUUCUCAGAACCUUCAGCCAGUAUUGGUGUAUGGCAGCUGGCUUUUGAAACAAUGAGUGUCAUAUCUGUGGUCACUAAUUGUGCUCUGAUUGGAAUGUCACCUCAAGUGAAUGCAGUCUUUCCAGAGUCAAAAACAGACCUCAUUUUGAUUGUAGUAGCAGUGGAGCAUGCACUCCUGGCUUUAAAGUUUAUACUUGCAUUUGCCAUACCUGAUAAACCACGACAUAUCCAGAUGAAACUGGCCAGAUUGGAAUUUGAGUCCUUGGAGGCACUCAAGCAGCAGCAAAUGAAGCUCGUGGCUGAGAACCUGAAGGAGGAACCAAGGGAAGAUAUAAAAGAGAAGGCAGCCUGAGUGCCCAGCAUGCCCGGCUGCCCCAUCCACCGAGGCCUGUGUUGGGAGACACCUGCCGGAGGGUACCAAGCAGCACUGUGCACAUGAACCCAGACCCACUGCUUGGCCACGUGGAGUGGCUCCCAUGUGGCAGGCCCUCACGCUGCAGUGCCCUGGCUCAGGGGUAGAAAAGGGCAGCCAGGACCCUUGGCCCUGCCCACCCUGCCCCUUUCUUGGCCCCACAUGCCCGUCCAGCUGCCUCACUCUGCUGCAGAGCCACUGUUGCCCUUGAGCCUCGCCACAGCUGAGUCACCAGCCCUCCAGUGACCCUCACAGUGAGUGCCAGUCACUCAUGACCCCACCAGGACCUGUGGCAGGGCACUGGGUUGAGGCAUGUGCCUACCCAGCUGAUCCUAGCUGUGCUGUCUGAUCCUGCCGAGCAUCAGUUGAGAGAGGGGCGUGUUUCCUACUCCCAGGCCUCCUUCCUGAUUCUGUUUUGCAAUAUGUUAACAGACCCUUUGUCAAAAAAAAAAACCAUAGAACUGAGCUAUUAAAGGCAGCUUGCCCUCUGA